GGAGCGGAGCUCGGAGGAGAAGCGGAAAGGUGGGAGCGGAAGCCCGAGGACAAUGUGGGUUGCGAGAGGCUGCGGCUGGCAGAGCGGCCCUCCGUGUGCGGGCAGGAGCCGGGGCACCCCGCCGGCCGUGGGCUGGCCCGUCCUGCUGCUGCUGGCCCUGGAGUGCCUCUGCUCGGCCUGCGCCUUCUCCACCUGCAAGACGGUCGACAUGGAGAUGAUGAAGCGCAAGCGGAUCGAGGCCAUCCGGGGCCAGAUCCUCAGCAAGCUCCGGCUCUCCAGCCCACCCGAGGUGGAAGUCCCCGAGGCCCCGGUCUUGCCCGCGGAGGUCCUGGCUCUCUACAACAGCACCUUGGAGGUGAUCCGGGAGAUGACGGCAGAGGAGCCGGCAGAGACUCCCAGCGAAGAGUAUUACGCCAAGGAGGUGCACAAGUUUGACAUGCUGCCCACAGAUGACGGACUCUAUGAGCGCUACCAGAAGAGCCUCUACCACGUCUUUUUUGGGUUCAACCUUUCGCAGAUCCGGGAAACCCUCCACGAGCCCCAUCUGCUGCACCGUGCUGAGCUGAGGAUGCGGGCCUCCCGGAGAGGCCAGGAGCAGCGGCUGGAGCUCUUCCAGGAACAGCACCAUUCUGGCAACACCACCAAAUGGUACUACCUGGAUGGGCGAAUGGUUAAGUUGAAGAAUGAGAAGGAAUGGAUCUCAUUUGAUGUCACCGCCAUCCUCCGUGCGUGGCUUGCCAGCGCAGAGACCCUGGGAAUGUUUCGCCUCAGUGCCCACUGUGACUGUGAAAGUGACCCCAACGAGCUGAAAGUGGAUAUUGAAGGCACCAAGAUCAAGAGGGGUGACCAGCAGGCCAUCAGCCACGCAAGCCAGCAGCGGCCCUACCUGCUGGUGAUGGCCAUGCCGCCCGAGCGCGCAGACCACCUGCAGAGCCACCGGCGUAAAAGAGCCACCGCAGGCACGGACUACUGCAGCCAGACCCCAGAGGAGAAGAACUGCUGCGUGCGCCCCCUUUACAUCGACUUCCGGAAGGACCUGAAAUGGAAGUGGAUCUAUGAGCCCAAAGGCUACUACGCCAACUUCUGCAUGGGGCCUUGCCCCUACCUCUGGAGUCUGGACACUCAGUACAGCAAGGUCCUCUCUCUGUACACCCAGCACAACCCGUCUGCCUCUGCCGCGCCCUGCUGCGUCCCCAACGAGCUGGAGCCGCUGGGCAUCGUCUACUACGUUGGCCGCCAAGCCCGAGUGGAACAGCUCUCCAACAUGGUUGUCAAAUCGUGCCGAUGCAGCUGAGGCAAAGAACUCAUGGACCCGGGCAAAUCUGAGCAGGGACCGGAGGGCAGAGGAAGACAGGACGCACUUUCCCGAUUUAAAAAACAACCACCACCUUGUGCCUUUAAAACAAAAAUACAGAAAAAAAGCUUUUUUAAAAACAAACAAUCCAGAACAAAAACCAAAAGCCUCAUUCAGUGAGGUUGAUUAUUAUUCUUAUUAUUUUAUUUUGUAAAUCUGUGUUGGGGGGGUGGGCGCUUCGAAAACCUUGAAUUCUUUGUAAUUAUUUUGCUUCAGAUGUCCAGAGAGAAUUAUUUAAAGAGUUUAUCUCUUCUUCUUUUUUUA